AUGGGCUACUUGAUAGAUUUCGAAAUAUAUCAAGGAAAAUCUGUAACUCCUGAUGUUGAUAUUGAAAGAAACUUCGUAAAAGCGGCAGCACCAUUGGUUAAAAUGAUAGAAGAACUACCCAAUAAUCUGAAACCUUUGCAAUUUUCUUUUUACUUCGACAAUUUAUUCACCACUUUUAGUUUAUUAACCUACUUACGUUUGAAAGGUUAUGGAGGUACGGGGACUAUUAGGGAAAACCGUUUACCCAAGAGCUGUCCCUUAUCGGAUAAAAAGCUACUUGGAAAAAAGGAUAGAGGUUAUUUCGAAAACACUAUUAGUGAGACGGAUGGUAUUCUAGUAGCUAAGUGGGUUGAUAACUCUGUAGUUUGCAUUGCUACCAAUCAAUAUGGCAUUCAUCCGGUGACAAAUGUUAGACGUUACUCGCAAAAGGAGAAAAAACACAUACAAGUUAACCGACCAGCUUUACUUGCUGAGUACAACAAAAAAAUGGGUGGUACAGAUCGAAUGGACCAAAAUGUUGGACAAUACAGGAUCCAAAUAAGGAACAGGAAAUGUACACUCAAAAAUAAGCUAAUAACUAAACCUGUUGUGGCUCUUUAUGACCCUAAUACGGAAACUGAAGUUCACACAGAUGCGUCAAAAUUAGGAGUGGGGGCCAGAUUAUUACAAAGACAUCACAACCCUUUGAAACAUGUAAAGUACUUCGCCAAACUAGCAAAGAGGAACAGCGAUAUCAUAGUUUUGAAUUAG